ACCCAGAGAGGGCGUGCUGUAUAAGUAUUGCUGUCGAAGUUGACGAAACGCUGGGGUGUAGUGGGUCAAAGAAGGGGGUAUUUUUGAUACCCUGCUGUCUAGAAAAAUCAACAUCUGAAAAUGCUUUAGGUAUUAAUGGUGUCACUACCAACAUGGCUGGUUCAAGUGGGUGGCUGGGGAUUCCCAAGGCUCUUGGUGUGGUCUCCCCUCAACAACGAGAAUCGGGUUUACAAAGGAAUAAAGUUGCUCUGAAACCAGGCCGGUCCUUGAUGGACUGGAUUCGACUUACCCAUUCAUCCCAGGAUUUAGCAGGUACAAAAGGUCAAAUUCAAGAUGUCACAGAAGAGGAACUGAGGAAACAUAACAAAGCUGAUGAUGCGUGGAUGGUGUUGAAAGGGAAGGUGUUUAAUGUCACCCCCUACAUGGAGUUCCAUCCUGGUGGGGAAGAAGAAUUGAUGCGUGGAGUGGGAAAAGAUGCCACGGAUCUUUUCAAUUCAAUUCACAGAUGGGUGAAUGCCGAAUCCAUGUUGCAGAAAUGCCUAGUCGGAAAAUACAGACCGUUGAGUCCUGUGUCAAGAAGUGGUAGCAGUGGACAUGAAGGAGAUAAAUUCAGAAAACCUGAACCCCUUGGGAAAGGAACUUCCAUUGCUGUGAAACCCAAACCAAGGUACGAUUGGUCAGAGGACGAAACUACAGUCAGUCUAGUCAUUCAUACAACGAUAAACAACAUUAGAACUGAGCAUGUUAUUAUUGAUCUUGAUGAAACGGAGCUUCUGAUUUCCGUGCGAUUAAAGCAGUUUACGUAUCAACUCCACUUGGUAUUCCUAACUAUUGUUGUUGAGUUUUUGGCAGUUACUAAUGUUCAAGUGAACAUUUACAGACUUUUGGUUAAAUUUUGCUACUGUACAGUGAAUGCUAAGCAACCACGUGGUACUGUAGAAGUAGUAAUGGUCAAGGAAGACCCAGAAAUUCCGUGGUCUGACAUCGGCACACCACUUACAGGCCAUGAUAGCUGUACAGAGACUCAAAAUAAAGAUAUUCAUUAUCGGGUUUGUGAACUAUCUCAAAGAACCCAGCUGACCCAUGACUGCUAUCUGUUUACUUUUUCUUUCCCUUUGGGCACAAGAAUGUGGAUCCCUGUCGGUCAUCAUGUUCACCUCAAACAAAAUAUCAAAGAUAUGGACAUUGUUAGAAGCUACACUCCUGUGUUGCCGUCAAUAACCGACCUGGAGAGCGACGAAACUGAAACUAAUGGUGAAUCAGUGACUUUGAUGAUUAAGAUUUAUCCCGAAGGUGUUCUUACUCCACAACUAAAAAGCUUAGAAAUUGGUGAUUCCGUUGAAGUUGGUGACUAUACCGGUGAUUUUGAUGAUAAGAUUCUAUCUAGGUAUUCUCAUCUGGCCUUGUUUGCAGCUGGGACUGGUAUAACUCCUAUGAUUAGGCUCAUUCAACUGUCCUUGAAGGAGGGAAUACACGUUCAGUUGAUGUUAUUCAAUAAAAAAGAGCAUGACAUAGUGUGGAGAAAUAACUUUGAUGAGCUAGCACGAUCAUGCAGUAGGUUUGAAGUGACCUACGUGCUCUCAGAACCGCACGACAAUUGGCCUGGAAUGAGAGGAAGAGUCCGGCCUCAUAUUAUAGAGAAAUUUCUUCCCACACGUGAUAAUAUCAAACUCUUCAUGUGCAUUUGCGGCCCUAAUCCUUUUACAAAAACUACAAUGAAGUAA